ACAAAAAAAAGAGGAGCAUCAAAUUUAGUUGUGUAAUAAAUUUACUAAUUUUUUUUAAAAAAAGAAGAAAUUUAGGGGAUUUGGGUCUUUGAGUUCUAGAAACAGAACCAAUGGAAAAAUGCCAAUCUGACAUUUUUAUAUAAAUAUAAAAAGGUAACAUAUUCUGAUUAUCCUCUCUACCUGGAUUUCUUCUUCUUCCUCCUGUACCCCCCCACCCCCCUCUGCAACCUAAGAAAAAAAAAACCCUAAUUCAAAGUCGCCGUUUCUCUCUCUCUCUCACCGUAAAAUGAAGUGAUCAGCUUGAAUGUAGUUGGGAAGAUGGCAUCAGUUUGAUAGAUACAGAAUCUGAAGUCAUUCGCAGUAAAUAGUUGAAUUUAGAACAGGAGUAAUGGAGGCUAAUAUAUGUGACAUCAAUCACUUGGAUGCUGAUGUCCUUUUGCCUCCUCGUAAGCGCUUGCUUGCUGGAUUCAAGAAACAGAGUUCUGAUGGUGAUGCUCUUUUGGUCCCUCCUACAAUUGCUUCCUCCUCAUCUUCGGCAUCUCCUUCAUCUCCAUCUCCGUCUACUCCAUCAUUGUCUCCUCCGUCUCCAACUGCCCCUUCUCCAACUUCAAGUGAACUUCAAAGCCGUCUCAACAAUCUGUUGAGUUCUCAUUUUAGAAAUAACCAUAAUCUUUCACCUGAGCAAAUUGUAGAGGCCUCAAAAUCAGCAGCUGAUGCUGCUGCUAAAGCAGCAGAAGCUGCAAGAGCUGCUGCGCAAGAGAAAGCUAUUCUUGCAGCUAAAGCUAUAACAGCUGCUAAAAGUGCAUUGGCCUUAGUUGCGUCUUUUCCUGAAGAGGCAGCUAACAAAGAGAGACAAUUAAAAAAGAAUAAGCAGAAGAAGCAUGUGCAGGUUCAACUUUUGUACAAAAAGCACCAACCUAUUGAGAAUUAUAGAGAUGAUGAAGAGUUAGCUCGCAAGUUGCAUAGAGUUAUAAACAGCUCUCCUAGAAUUUCAAAGAACUCUUCCAGUUCCGAUUGGAAGGGUCAUAAAAGUAAGAAGCCUAAAAGCUCACCAACUUCUGAAAAAACUUGGGUUUCCAAUGGAAGCGUAGCAUUUGGAGGAAAUCCAUCAUCUAUAUGCAAUGGGCAUGCUAUAGCAGGUGAAUUGGAUUCAGAAGGCUCCAUUGGUGAAGUAUACACGAGUAUGGCAGAUGAGAAGACAUCAAAGUACGAAAAAGCAACCCAAUUAGAGAUAGAUAGUGGGGAAGCAGAAUCAAGUCAGUCAAAAGAGAAAAUGACAGGAGAUGCAAGUUCACCAGGUAAAAAGAGAGGAAGACUGAAACUAAAGAAGUUGCCAUUAAGCAUUUGUAGCUCUAGAGAUCAAGCAAACCCCAAAGAUGAUAGCUUUCUUAGAAGUUCCCCAUUGGGUGAUAAGAACAUUGGCAAUCCUACAACUCGUAAUAAGCCAUUGUUUUCUAUGGACCCUUCUGCAGAUAAUAUGAUGCCAAUAGAAGUUGCUCCAAUGAGGAAAUGCCAGGAGUUCAAGGCACCUGCAUGUGUCAAACAGAAUAAAGUCAUUCAAUCAUAAUAGUCAAAACCUUCUCAUAACAGGUUGUGACUCUGAAGAUAGAAGUUGAUAGUUGAGGUAGGAUUCGUGAUGCUUUUUUUUUUUAAAUAUAGAAACGGCUUUAUUUGAUUAUCUUGUUCAUUUUUGGUUUUUGUAAUGAAGUUGAACUCAUUAAAAGAAAAAUUGUAUAUUUUAAAAGUUGAGUCUCUUGCAGGCAACUUGGGGUUUUGUUUAUAAUAA